AAAACUUCGGAUGAAAAUAUAAAAGAAACAGUCAUCUUCUAGAAGCGUCGUAUAUAUAUUCCCAUUUAAUUUAAGGGUCUCUCGCUCGCAGCAGCUAAGGAAUCAAAUCGGAAAUUCAGACUCUCACUCUUCCCUUCUCUCCUCUCCUUAGCUUCCACUCAUUGUACACAAAAUUCUGCAGAGACAGAGAGAAAAGUGUUGAACAUGGCAGGAAGAGAAGUUCGUGAAUACACCAACCUCAGCGACCCCAAAGAUAAGAAAUGGGGCAAGGGGAAAGAUAAGAUUGACGAUGAAGACAUUACUUUCCAACGCAUGGUUGCAAAGGGAUAUUGGCUUCCUGUAUUGGGUGGCUGAUGCAAGCAGAUGCAAGAGGUUGCUGGGGAGCGCGGAGGUUACCUUCAUGGACGAGGCGCCUUGGACAGUGAUGAUCUACUUUAUCUCAAAGAGCAAAUGGAAGCCGAGGAGGAUGCAGAACGCCUCCUGCGUCGCACUGAAAAACGGGCAUUUGCUGCAUUUAAGAGAGCUGCAAGUUUAGCAGAUUCUUCACCUGCAUCAGUACCACUGGCAUUUCGGGUUGAGCCAAAGCCCAAAAGUGGGAUCAGGCAGCAAGACUUGCUGAAGAAAGUUGUUGAGAUUAAACCUAAGCGGCCAAGAUCUGAUGCAAAUCGUAAGCCUGAUCACGAUCCUUCGAAAGAGAAAGAGCAGUCUUUGCCAAGAACAAAGAAAGUGGAGGAGCAACCUUUGUCUGGAUCAAAGAAAGCAGAGGAACAUGCUCCAUUGGGGUCACAAGAAGCCGAAGCUAAGCCUAAGGUUGAAAGCUCCAGUGGGGGAUUACUGGGCCUGGCAUAUGAUAGUUCUGAUGAUGAUGAAUGAUUUGGUAAUUGUAGUUUGAUGGUAGAUCUCUUCUUUCCAUCAUUGUCUUUGUAGGUUGUAGUUUUUAGUACAGAAUGCUUGAUUUAUUUAGAGAAAGUAUUAAAUUGUAGUGUUCAAGGUAUAAAAAGUUCCUUGUAUGAAGAUUAGUCUUGAAGGGUGGGAAAAGAAAAUGAAGUAUUAGUCCAUUACUCUACAACCAGAUCCAAGAUACAACAGUUUUGUAUGUGCUAUCAUCUAAUUUUAAUGUGCCAGUUUUGUUUAUUCUUGAAAUAUGAUGUUGGUCCUGGAGGAAUUGCAUAUUCGGAACCCA